CCCAAAUGUGUCGAUAUUGAUAAGGACGAUCAUUUUGUUAAAGGUUCUCUCCCCACGGGCCAUGCGCUCCGGCUGUGGGAGUUUAGUUAGGGUUCCGCCAUCCUAUUGCCUUCCCCUACUUCACCCAUGUUCAUUCGAGUCGAACCAUUCUGUCUCCCAAAAGUCCUCGUAAAGUUUGCCCUCUCUCUCUCUCUCUCUCUCUCUCUCUCUCUCUCGUGCUGAUUUCUGAUUCCCGUUUCCGAAAUUUUGCUUUCUCGAAACAUCAAAGCCAUUUCCUCUCGCGUGUUCUUCCGUACUUCAUUACGUCUUUUUUAGGAAUCGGAUACCCCAAGCUUCUCUUCUAUUUGUAAAUCUGUGGAACACUGUUCGUCUCAGGUGAUUCUUUUAAUCUUUGCUUUUCUUCUUUUAACUACUAAGCACUAUGUUUGAAAUCUUUGAUGCAAAUUAUAAUUAACCAGCGUUUUGGAGUAGGACAAUUAAAAUGUAUGCACACAGCGAUUUUAGGAUUUUUCGUUGUCUCAGGGGGCUUGGAUCAAACCGAGAGCAUUUGCUUGUUAAGGGGGUUUUCGGUGGUAUUGGAGCAACGCAUGAAUCGUUUUUGUUCAAUUAUAUGAAUCGAGAACAUACUAAAGAAAGUGAAUUGUAGUCGCUAGUGAAUAGAUUCAAUUUGCAUUGAACUUUGGAUAAUGUGAGUUAUUGUCAGUUGCCAGUUGCGACUUUGGAAGUAACGAAGAAACCCUACUGUUAGGGUAAUGAUGAGGAACUUAAGCGUAUUGUUGUAAAACUUGGGCUUAUUUGGUCAUCCGGUGUAAAUUGUUUGGAUCAGUUAUAAUUUACUUAGGAUUUGAAGGGAUGAGUGUACCAAUUUGGACGGAGUGAUGGAAGCAAAUUGAGGCUGCAUUGAAAUUCAUGUCGUAGAGUCAAUUUAAAUGAUUUCAUGAAUGCCGCCAUCUUGAUUUUCUGUACUAACAAGUACGUAAAAUUACUGUCAUUUUGGAAUUAUGCCUCAUUCUUAAAAAUUGGUAAAAUCCAAUUUAACUGGUAAUUUAAUUGCCUUCCAGACACCGGAAUGGGCCUUAGUAAUUAGAAUAAGAAAAACAGUUGGAUUUUUGUUGUCGUAUGUAUGCCAUAAUAUUAAUAUGUUUCUGCAAAUGUAGAUUUGAAUUUGAAGGGUCGUAGUUAUGCUUGGUCACAAUGAUUGCACCUAUCUUUUGGGUUUUGCAUAUUUGCUUUUUGAAGAGAAAGUUCCUGAUUCAGUAUAUGCCGAUUAAUAUGCCUUGAUGUACAAAGUAAGUUUACUAUUUGAAUAUAUUUAUGCCAAUCGUGUCAUGUUUUACCAUAUAUCAGAACCAGUAAGAUUUGGAGGAUUUAAAGUUGCUCUUCCCUUUAGAAAAAAGGUUUUCGUCUAAUGAUAUUUACAUGACAUUAGUCAGCUCCAGCUGCAGCCAGUUGCUAGCUGGAAAAAUAUAUCUAUGGAGAUUGAUGUUCCUGAUGAAAGUAAUGAAAGUGCACCCUGGACAGAGGAAAAUGGUUCUCUUAUGAGGCCGGUUUCACCUGAAGAGUCCGGUGUUGGUUUGCCAUAUGCUCCUGUAAAUUGGCCCAAUCCAGGUGAUAUGUGGGGUUGGAGGGUGGGUAGGAGAGUUGCCACUACUGGUCAUUAUUUGGAUAGGUACCUGUAUCUUCCAAGGCGCCUUUACCAUGUCAGAUGCUCAAUGAGUAGAAAGCAUGCUUUUGCGAGCAAACUUUCUGUUGAACGAUUUAUCCGAACAGAAUUCCCUGGUGCUGAUGUUAAUGCAUUUUUUGCUUCGUUCAGCUGGAAGAUCCCAGCAAAGAAGUCGGCAUUAACAAAUGGUCAUGUAGAGGGGCUUAGUUUAUCCACUGUACCUUUUGGCUGGAUAGCAGAAUAUGACGAGUCUGGUUCCCAGACUAACAAUGUGGGAUGUAAGGCUGGGAAUAAGAUGUGCAACAGUAUCUUGAAACAAGUGUACAAUCCACCUUUAGCAGCCAUGCAAUGUGAUCUUUGCUGCAGUGAACCCCGUUUCUGCCAGGAUUGUUGUUGUAUCUUAUGUAGCAAGACUAUUAAUUUAGAAUAUGGAGGCUACAGUUACAUUAAAUGUGAAGCAGUGGUGGCUGAGGGUUAUAUAUGUGGACAUAUUGCUCACAUUGACUGCGCUCUUCGAUGUUACAUAGCUGGGACAGUAGGAGGAAGCAUUGGGUUGGAUGCCGAGUACUAUUGCCGUCGUUGCGAUGCAAGAACAAAUCUUAUAUCACAUGCUACUAGGCUUUUACAAAUAUGUGAAUCUAUUCAUUCUCGGGAUGACAUAGAGAAGAUUUUAAGUGUUGGUGUCUGCAUUUUGCAAGGUUCACGGAAAACCAGUGCAAAGUGUUUGUUGCAUCGUUUCGAAUUGGCCAUUCUGAAGCUCAAAAAUGGGACUUCUGUUGAAGAUAUCUGGAAAGUGGAAGAUAACUUCUUAAUUAUGUCUGCAGGUGCCUCACACCAUGGAAAUGCUGUCCCAACAGUUCCAAAUAGCGAAGAAACUUAUGAUGUCACCAAGAGCUCAGAGCACACGUUUUCCAUACAUUUUGACCCUUGGGCAGAGUCUCUAAAGCUUGAAGAUGAGAUUGACCAUGUCCUGCUGGAACUGAAAAAUUCACAGGAAUCAGAAUAUAAAAUCGCAGAGGAAAGGCUUUAUGCACAGAAGAAUUAUCUUCUCAGCUUAUAUCAGCAACUCGAGAAUGAGAAGUCUGAACUGUCAUGUCGCAAAUCAUCAGCUGACCCAGAUAGCUUUCCGGGCUGUGUUUCGAAUCGAGUACAGCAGAUAGAACGGGAACUUGAGAAACUUAGGGAUAUGGGAAAAGUAGCCAAUGGUUUUGGAAAGACGUCGAAAAGAAUCCUUAAGGACCACUUUGGUUUAGAAACUGAGAACUGAACCUUUACUGCCUUACAGUUUAAUCUGACAACUGUUCAUCGGAGUUUGGUCUUGGACUCUGUUCAUCCUUCAAACCCUUUUCUUCAUAGCGACCUUGCAUUGAAUUAAAAUGAAAGAUACAAGAGAAAGGGGUGGAAUCAAAAAAUGGGCAGUGGAUGUCAAUUGCAAGUCCAAGUUAUUUGGCCGAUCAAAGGGCAAAUUUUGAGUACCUAUGGUUGGAGACGUAUAAUCUUAUGACUUGUCUGAGGAGUCGGAUAAUGCAGCAUUUCUGACAGAGUCUGCCGACUUGCCAAUGAAAAAUCUGGACACGCCACAUCAAAGGGAUGGAAAUUUAGUUGUUGAAAGAAGUAGCUACCUUGAUGUUAAAUCAAACAUUUGUGGAUCGGUGGAUAAACCUUGGAAGAUACGUCGAAGGGAUUGUGAAAGAUUUACUGGGGUGUACAUUGAAGGGUCACUUCGUUAGCCUUGUGAUUUUUGUGUUCGUAACUUACAUAUAUUGGAGCUGGUAACCGUUUUACUCAAGUAAACAGUUUAUAGUGUAGGUUGAAGUGAUUGUAUACAUAGUUGGGAUUUUGCUUCAAUCCUACAAUGUAUUUGAGGAACGGCUGCCUGUUCUUCGCAGCAAUUCACCCAUAUUUCACCCAUGAUGGAGGAAAAAAAAACUUUACACAUUUGUGCGGUUGGGCAUUUGUUUGUGACUCUGGUUUGAGAAGACAAAUUGGGCAAUUGUGGCAUAGGUUUAAGAUGGGUAGGAUUCCCUUAAUCAGAUCUCA